CCAGGCUGGGGAUCUCUUGGCCUCCCCGCCGCCCGCUGUGAUUCCCCAGGCUAGACUCGUGCCAAUCGGCCACCCUCGUCCUCCCGCUGAGUCACUGCUGGGUCCUAACUCGGUGCGGAAGCGAGAAGCUCGGCUUUGUGCUCGGAGGAGGCUGAGGGGCGGCAGUCCGACCUUUAACCCGGGGAAGGCCGGGGUCACCCCUUCCCGGUUCAUCGCUCAGUGCUGCCUUCUUAAAAAAUGUAAACGUGCCCCCUGGGAGAAAGAGCAACCAGAGUGUAUCUACUGGCUCUGACCGUUCCAGCGGCUUUUUAUUCUCGGAGAAGAACCUCGUGGGAGUUUCUUAGUCGUGGGGAUAGAGCAGCCUUUCCUUCAAUUGCUGGGACGUAGAGUUUCUCUAAAAGCGAGAAGGCAGCCUCAGCUGUGCCCAGAUACAGUGUCUGGAGUCUGAUUUUAUCGGGACUGGUAUUUAGAGGAGUUCUCAAAAGUUUCCUCGUCACCCCGAUUCCACUAGCCCUAGGCUUUUCUCGCGCUUAAAGAGUUUAAAGCAAGUUAAUUUGUGUUGAAGGCCAGACCUGGCUUCUAAAUCAAAAUCGAGAUUGUCGUAUUUAUUUCAAAAAAAACUUUUCAGGGGUUGGAAAUGUUAAGUAAUAUUAAAUUGCACAUAUGCUGCAGACAUUUUUACUUUCAGUUUCUGUUUUGAUCAGUUAAGUUUAAACAUAGCUCUUUUUUUCUUUUUUUCAAAGACCAGGCAGAUGUUUUCUUUGCACCCCGUGGCUGGGGAAGCUGCUUUGCCUGUCAGGUAUUCAUAGACCCUGUCAAAAGUUUUACCACCUGGAACUCGAACAUUAUCCUGUUACCGACUCAUAGAAGAUGGGUGUGAAUACUUUUUCCCCUGAAGGAAGAUUAUUUCAAGUGGAAUAUGCCAUUGAGGCAAUCAAGCUUGGUUCUACAGCCAUUGGGAUCCAGACAUCAGAGGGGGUGUGCCUAGCUGUGGAGAAGAGAAUUACCUCCCCACUCAUGGAGCCAAGCAGCAUUGAGAAAAUUGUAGAGAUUGAUGCUCACAUAGGUUGUGCCAUGAGUGGGCUAAUUGCUGAUGCUAAGACUUUAAUUGAUAAAGCCAGAGUGGAGACACAGAACCACUGGUUCACCUACAAUGAGACGAUGACGGUGGAGAGCGUGACCCAGGCCGUGUCCAACCUGGCUCUGCAGUUUGGAGAGGAGGAUGCUGACCCUGGUGCCAUGUCUCGUCCCUUUGGAGUAGCACUGUUAUUUGGAGGAGUCGAUGAGAAAGGACCUCAACUGUUUCAUAUGGACCCAUCGGGGACCUUUGUACAGUGUGAUGCUCGAGCAAUUGGCUCUGCUUCAGAGGGUGCCCAGAGCUCCUUGCAAGAAGUUUACCACAAGUCCAUGACUCUGAAAGAAGCCAUCAAGUCCUCGCUGAUCAUCCUCAAACAAGUAAUGGAGGAGAAGCUGAAUGCAACUAACAUAGAGCUGGCCACCGUGCAGCCUGGCCAGAAUUUCCACAUGUUCACAAAGGAAGAACUUGAAGAGGUUAUCAAGGACAUUUAAGGAAGUGCGAUCCUGAGCUUCUCUGGGACAAUUUCAAUUCUCCUGAUUGCCCUUAAUUUUUAAUUCCAGCUCCUAUUCCUUGGAAAAUCUCCAGUGUAUGUGCAUUUUUUUAUGAUGUCUGUACAUAAAGGCAGUUCUGAAAUAAAGAAAAACUUAAAAUAUUUGUUAAUAGA